AUGGUGGAGCUGGACUUUAUUGGAGAUGGUUUGAUCCGACUUGCCGGUCAGAAGGUCGAAAUCAGCGGGUGGGUUAAAACGGGAAGGGAGCAAGGAAAAGGGAGUUUCGCUUUUCUUGAGGUGAACGAUGGAUCCUGCGCAGCGAAUCUUCAGGUCAAGGUGGAUGCUUGUGUGUCAGAUGUCUCCAAGUUGGUUGCGACGGGAACUUGUCUGACCGUUGAUGGAUGUUUGAAGAUUCCUCCGGAAGGUAAAGCUACGAAGCAGAAGAUUGAGCUUAGCGCCGAGAAGGUGAUUGAUGUGGGAACGGUGGAUCCGGCUACGUACCCGAUUCCUAAGACGAAGCUGACUCUAGAGCAUUUGAGAGACUAUACUAAUUUUCGUGCAAGGACCACCACGAUGGCAGCAGUUACAAGAAUCCGACGUAAGAUUACUCUUGAGGCUCACCUUUUCUGUGAUGAACAUGAUAUCUGUCACAUUCACACUCCUAUCAUCACAACAAGUGAUUGCGAAGGUGCUGGUGAAAUGUUCCAAGUCACAACCUUGAUCAACCAAUCUGACGACAAGUCGCCCACCGAGGCUGACAUUGAAGCUGCCAAGCUCAUUGUCAAGGAGAAAGGUGAAGCUGUAGCGCAACUCAAAGCUGCCAAAGCAAGCAAGCAAGAGAUUACUGCUUCCGUUGCUCAACUCACUGAAGCAAAGGAGACUUUAGCUAAGGUUGAAGAGAGGUCAAGGCUUAAGCCUGGAUUACCUAAAAAGGAUGGAAAAAUUGAUUAUUCCCAAGAUUUCUUUGCUCGUCAAGCUUUCCUCACAGUUUCUGGUCAAUUACACGCCGAAACCUACGCUUGCAGUAUGGGUGAUGUGUAUACAUUUGGCCCCACUUUCCGGGCAGAGAAGUCUCACACCUCAAGGCAUCUUGCUGAGUUCUGGAUGGUUGAGGUUGAAUUAGCUUUUGCCGGUGUAGAGGAGGCUAUGAACUGCGCAGAGGCACUUGUGAAAGACAUUUGCAAUUCGUUGCUUGAAAAGUGUGAUGAUGACAUGAAACUUAUGGCUAAGAAUGUCGACAAAGCCUGCAUUGACAGGCUACUAUUGGUUGCCUCGACUGGGUUUGGUCGAGUAACAUACACCGAAGCAAUAACGCUACUUGAGAAAGCUGUGGCUCAAGGAAAGAAAUUUGAGAACCAAGUGGAGUGGGGAAUCGACUUAGCAUCUGAGCAUGAAAGGUCUUUCUUCUUCUAUAAUCCUUAAAAACUAUUUCGAAAAGGGUUACUAAUGUUUCAAAAGCCUCUUAUUGUCUAUAACUACCCCAAAGAGAUCAAAGCUUUCUACAUGAGACUUAACGAUGAUGGAAAGACAGUUGCUGCCUUCGAUGUCCUCGUUCCAAAGGU